UUUAUUAAUCGACCAGUCGACCACCCCUAGAACAUACCGUGUCCCUGUGAACCUCUCUCACCCUCCUUCUUCAGGAAUAAAUGGAUAAAAUAGAGCACAAGUUCGUAGAGGUCAACGGGCUAAAAAUCCACAUAGCUGAGAUCGGAAGUGGGUCGGAUCAAGUGGUGUUGUUUUUGCACGGGUUCCCUGAGAUAUGGUACUCGUGGCGGCACCAGAUGGUGGCGGUGGCCAAAGCCGGGUUCAGAGCCAUUUCGCUCGAUUACAGAGGCUAUGGGCUUUCGGAUCAACCCCUCCAACCCGAGAACACAUCGUAUCUUGACCUUGUCAAUGACCUUGUGGCCCUCCUUGACGCUCUUACUGUUCCCAAUCAUAAAAAGUUUUUUCUGAUAGGUAAAGAUUUUGGAUCGUUUGUUCUGUCAUACUUCUCCCUUCUCCAUGAGGAGAGAGUAGCCGGGUGUGUUACAUUGGAUGUUCCUUUCAUAAUCCCACAAGCAUCUGCAUUUACUAAUAAACUGCCUGAAGGCUUCUAUGUUUCAAGAUGGAAGGCAAGAGCCGGGGCGAGCUGAAUCUGACUUUGGUCGCUUUGAUGCUAAAACCGUUGUGAGGAACGUGUACAUCCUUUUCUCCCGAAGCGAAAUACCAAUAGCAAAUGAGAAAGAGGAGAUCAUGGACAUGGUGGACUCAUCCACUCCUCUACCACCUUGGUUUACUGAACAAGAUCUAGCUAUUUAUGGAGAUCUGUAUGACAAGUCCGGGUUUCGAACAGCAUUGAAGCUUCCUUACCGGUUACUUGGUAAUGAACAGAUUGACCUGCCGUCUAACCCACAAAUUAAAGUUCCAGCGUUAUUCAUUGCGGGGCAGAAGGAUUACAUUAUGAAAUGCCCGGGAAUGGAAGAGUACAUAAAGAGUGGGAUGUUGAAAGCUUUUGUGCCCAAUGUGGAUAUAGCCUAUAUUCCUGAAGGGUGCCAUUUUCUUCAAGAGCAAUUCCCGGAUGAGGUUAAUGAACUUAUCCUCAACUUUCUCCACACUCACAAGCAAUCUAUGAUCGCACCUGACAGUGAUAUGCUUCCUCCCCAUCAGGACUGAUUAAUGUUUAGUUCAACAUGAAGAAUAUGCUUUGUCCAAUUAUCCUUAGAAAAGAUCUGUACCAAUAUUCUUGUGAUGAUGGUAUUUUAUGAUGCUUAUAAUAUCAGGUUACUUUUUUAAUUUUACGUUCUAAAGGAGAAUAAUUUUUUAAAAAGUGGAGCAUAUACUCCAUGGACAUGCUAAUUGAACAUUAUAUUAAUCAAGAUGUUCAUGAGUUGUGUAUAAAAUAAUAAAAAUUAGUACUAUCUCUAUUCCGG